CUGACCGAUUGGUUGUUUUCGUAUACGGCUGUUUGAAAAUCCGAGGCUUCAAAUCUGACACGGGCUCCAUGACCAAGCUGUCAAAGAUGUUGUCACAACUUGGUUUGCUCUAACUCCUGUCGUAUUGACUGAGCUUUGCAGGUUUUCUGAGCUGAGCUGUGCUCCUUGUUUUUGAAUCUUGUGUACCUGAAAUGGAUGAUAAUGUGCGUCGGAUUCUUCGGGAGUGCCGUGUUGAAGAUUACAUGGACAAUUUUCGAGAUCAACAGAUUGAUACUGAGGCACUAGUUGGCUUGACGUAUCAUAUGUUAAGUCAGCUUGUACCUUCUUUUGGUCCAAGGAUAAGGCUUUCAUCAGCUAUAGAGAAGUUUAAGGCUUCUUCUAGUUUGGGACUGGAAUCAUCAUUCCAGGCAGGUGUUCGCAGUACAUCCUCACCAACAUCUCGAUCAUCUGAUCGUGCAACCCCACCUUCAACAUCCGGAUCAUCUGAUGGUGCAUCCUCACCUUCAACAUCUCGAUCAUCUGAUGGUGCCACCCCACCUUUAUCACCUCGCAUUCCACAGAUUUUUACUGAAGAUGAUGGUGGGGAAGAUGCUGAUGAUAUCAUUCAUGUCAACAUUGAUCAACAACCUCCAAGCACCAUCUCUUGGGAAAGUUUGCGGGCAGAUCCUAAACCCAAUGAAGUGGUGAAAGCGCUUUUAAGUAGAAGGUCCGAUGCUUUGAGAAUUCUGAACAACUAUCCUGCCUCCAAGAAAAGAUUCCGUGUGAAGAAAGGACUUAAAAAAGAAAAAGACUAUGUUGGGCUCGACUUGCUGCAUCAGAAGCUGCUAUGUGAUGUAAUAGUCAAAUACUCUUUCAAAACUCCGACUCGUAUCAGCAAUGUUACAGAUAAAGUAGAGAGCUUAGCAAACUUCAUUGUGGAAACUUUUCCUCGAGAAAGGAAGGCCCAGUAUUAUACCCCUUAUCGAUCGGUAAAAGUGGAUGGAAAGGUUCUGAAACGCCAUAAUCCUAAAGGAAGACUCUACCAUAAGUUUACAAACUAUUUAAAAGUAUUAAGAGAGGAUUAUGUCACCACUGGAUCAUCAAACACAGAGUCUAGAAACACUUCUGUCCCAGAAUUGUCUGCUGAUGUGGAAGGAAGUCUGGAGCGGCUUAAACGGAGAGUAGACAUCUGUUCCCGAUUAAAGCUAGAAUGUAACUUGACAAGGGAUGCCAGAAUUAAUACUCUUCGAAAUGAAGUGGAUAGCAGAAAGGAGAACUAUCUGACAAAGUACAUCCACACACUCUACCCUUUUUUGGCGCAACCUGAAGGCUAUCUUCUGCUUGAAUCUGAUUUUGAUGCUCUGUAUCCGGACAAGAAAAACUGUCUCUUCAUGAGCUGGCCGUCUCUAGCGGAGAGUAUUAAGAAGUUGGCUGGCGUUCCAGAUCACGACUUGACUGAUGCUGAAAUCCUCUAUUUACUUGGGGAUUUGUUUGAGGAGGUGGGCCUUACCUCAGUGCCUGUGACACGGAAAUACAGAGCUGGAAAGCAGGAAAUGUUGAGGUCCUUUCUCUUUCAUGUUGAGUUUGUUCAAGAUAUUCAGAAGGAAAUUGAUACAUUCGAGUCCAAGGCAUGUCAAGACAAAACUACUGUUCAACCAUACGCCAUUUCUGUUGGUCCCUGGCCUCAACCUACCCAAUUCUACAUUUUGUAUGAUGGAGUGUUGCAACGAGUGAAUAGUGUCAGAGACUCAAUUGAUUUGACCUUCAAGAUCCUUCAUGCUCAGUACCCGAGGACUUCAGAGUGCUAUUGGCUGCUUCUCCAGAAACUUGUGUAUGAGUUAAGUACUCCCUGGGACUCUGUGAUUCCUGAAGUUGACUCUUUGGUGGACAAGUUAACUGAGUGCUAGUUAAGUUCUUGUUGUAUGGUUGGAGUUCUGUGCAAGUUGCGCCUUUAUACAAAUUAUUUACUGUAUUGCAUUGGUUACAAUUAGUCUUAGUCACAAUGCCGUGUUGCCCUGAUUGUGGAGUGUCAUUUGUGUCAAUCAAAGGAGUGGACAUCCAUCUUCGUGUGUUCCAUCCAUCAGUAGAUUUCUCUAAAGUUAUGAAGUGCAGGACUGAAGGGUGUCUUCGUCUCUUUUCUGGGUGGAAACUCUUGAGGAGGCAUUGGAUUCGAGAUCACAAGUUUCCCUCUCAUGCCAGUAUUUCCAAGAGCUCUAGCAGCAAAGAGCAAAGGAAGAAAGUUAAGGAGAAAGAGUCUGAAUGUCCUGAGCAAUACCCUGAAGCUGAGCCAAGUGAAGGAAAUUUUGUUAAUGAUUACAGUCUUCCUGAAAAUGUCGAAACUUCAGAUAAUUUAGAAAAAUUAGCUCUAUCCAAUGCCUCAACUUUUUUAACUAAAUUCUAUGCCAAUCCUAGAAUACCCAGAAAUCACAUUCAGGAUGUAGUUUCUCAUGUUAGUGCUUUCCUUAAGAAUAUUAUAUCUUAUCUAACACCAUCUCUGUUUGAAAUUAUGACAAAUAAUAAUCUUGAUAACAAUCUAAAAGAGUCAAAUUAAUGAUUUGCUGCAAAUUUUAGUGCAGCCAUUUGAGGGUACAUUAUCCACUGAACAUAAGAGAUUCAAAUAUUUGCUAGAGACUGGUAGUUUCAUUGAGCCUGAAGAUUACAUUGUAGGAGAUAGGUUGGAUGAUAAAUAUGCUAGAGGCCAAAUGUCUAAGAAGAGAGUCAGUGUUAAAGGAAAGUAUGUCCCAAUAAAAAAGAUUAUGGAGAAAUUUUUUGCCCUUCCUGGUGUUUAUGAUAAAGUUAUAAAUUAUCUGGAAUACCUAGAGAAAGAGUACGAGUCAGGUGUAAUAUCUAACUUUAUGCAGUGUAAGCUCUGGAAACUGAGGAUUGUUAAAUUUCAAGGUUCUGAUCUCUUGGUUCUCCCUCUAUUCUUGUACUUUGAUGAUUUUGAAGUGGGAAACGCCCUCGGCCCACAUGCUGGUCUCUAUAAGCUUGGAGGCGUUUAUUUCUCAAUGCAAUUUUUACCUCCUGAAUUUCAAUCUUCAGUAGAAAAUGUAUUUCUAACUUUGCUUUUUCAUUCCUCUGACAGCUGUUCCGGAGGAUGGCAACUUCUAUGUAUUUCAAAAAUUAAUUGACGAUCUGAAUGCACUAGAGGCUUCGGGUAUCACUAUUCCAAUUGAUAGUAACAUGGUUACUAUUCAUUUUAUUGCUCCAAUCCUGUUAGCUGAUAAUCUAGGAUACCAUCAAGUGUUAGGAUUUGCUGGUGGUUUCACAGCCAACUUUUAUUGUAGGUUUUGUAGGAGUCACAGGAGUGACAUGCACCACAUGCUCGAGGAGUGUCAAUCAGCCUUAAGGAAACCCUGUGAAUAUGAAAAUGAUGUUGAGUUGGGUUUGGCCAUGUCAGGGAUUAAUGAGAAUUCAGUUUGGAACUCUCUAAAUUCAUUUCAUGUGUAUGAGAAUUUUUCAGUGGAUAUCCUACACAAUUUACUGCUAGGUGUAUGUAAAACUGAUAUGUCAUUAAUCCUUCAUCAUUAUGUGUGUGUUAAGAAGACACUUUCUCUCCCAGUUUUGAAUUCCAGAAUGAAAUCUUUCAACUAUGUAAUUAAUGGUUUUGAGAACAAGCCUCCUGUUCUCUUACUUGAGGACAUCAAGGAAUCCUAAAUUUCGAUGACUGGUUCUGAACUUUUAAAUUUUUGCCUGUUGUUUGCUUUUCUUGUUCAUGACUUGCUGGGACCCAACUUUCAAGAUGAUCCCCAUUGGGCUUUGUAUUUAACUCUAAGAGGGAUUCUUGACAUUGCGCUUGCUAAAUCUUAUCAAAAGGAAUGUCUUGAUGCUCUUCGAAUCCUUGUGCGAGAACAUCAUAGAAUAAGGGUGAUACAGCUAUUGUCACAUUUGCGUUGCAAAGACCAUUUUCUUCUGCAUUAUUGUACCGUCUUAGAAUAUUCUGGUCCUACUGCUCACCUAUCUACUAGCAAGUUCGAAUCUAAACACAAAAAGUUAAAGACUAUUGCUAACAGUUCUAGUUCACGAGUCUUUGUCUGUCAUACAAUAGCUGUUAAGGAACAGCUUGGAUUGUGUUUUCGAUUUGAAAGCGGUAGAGGUUUGGUGCUCCCGUUAGAAUCUGGCCCUUCUGAUCAUGUGCAAACCUCAUACAUGGAUGGAUCUUACCUCUACCGGCAUUGUUUGCCUAAUGAAUUUAAGGACUUCAGUGACAUUGUUCCCUGGGUGGAGUUGCAUGGCAUUUGUUACCACAAACUAUCUUUUGUGGCUGUUGAUAACAAUGACCUCUAUCCUUCUUUUGCUCAGAUCCACCGAAUAUUGUUAAGUGAGGAGUUCCAUGCUUGCUUUGUUUUAAAAUGUUUUGAAACAAAGUCUUUUGAUGAGAGCAUGCAUGCCUAUGUUGUUACUGAAACUUCCAAAUUCAUCUGUAAAUAUGUUCAUGAGCUUUGGUAUCCAUUCAUUGUCAUUCAUCUCCAAAAAGCAAACAGAAGUUUUAUAACUUUACGUCAAAUGAUCUAGUUUUAUACCUGUGACUCGUAAAUAUGUUUUUAUCAAAUGUAUUUUUCUAAUGCCGUUUUGGUGCAUGUGCAUUGUUGUCAUAUAUAUUUGCAUGUGUAUUUUCAUGCAACAAUAAAGUAAGUGGCAUUUCAGUCA